ACACACACACACACACACACACACACACACACACACACACACACACACACACACACACACAAAAUCCAUCAUUUUAGAUGCCUCGAUCAUCAUCAUCAUUUGUACAGUGGCAGCAACAUGGACUCUGUCGUCAGUGGAAGUGUGCUGAUCCUUCACCAGCUCCAACAGGGGAAGCACCAGUACCAAGUGGAAAAUGUGGUCCAGUACCAAAAAUCAAGCAGCGCAAAACCGAUGAUAAGACGAGGAGACAAACUGCUGCAGAUUAACGGCAGCGACCUGCAGGAUUUCACCCCUGAAGAUUUGGCUCGGACUAUCGCUGAGGGCCGCCCCAUGUUGACGGUGCACAAGGCGGGCGCUCAGAAGCCGCUCCACUGCUCACAGGAGGAUGUUCUUCAUCCCGUCUCCAAGGAGCAGACUGUGCUGCAGUUCAGCAUGCAGAUGCUGCAAGAAGAAGACACGCACGGAUGCCAAGGCGGCGGUUCGGGAGGAGGCGGCGGGCCUCCGGUUGGCGACGGCGACCUUCUCGUGGUCUCCAUGACCAAAACCAGCAUCUCGGUGAUCCGAGGGCGGGGCUGUGAGGCUGGCAGCUCCUGCACGGGAUGUCACGGCACAGGAUGCACCCUCAACGACGUGGUCAUGGUGUCAGAGUCCAGCACCGUCACACUCGUUUCAAGAGGAGGAGAAACCUUCAAGCAGCAGAAGACUUUGGACACGCCCAUCGAACACGUGGCCUCCCACAAAUAUCUGCACGCCAUUUGCUCCCAGAAGACUCUUUAUGCAUCAUCACAACCAGAGAAAAUGACCAUCUACUACUACAAGUCCAGCUGCCCGGAGCCCAAGUACCCGGUGGUGUUGAACUUCACAGGCUCCGACUGCUUCCUCAGGUGCUCCAAGAAAGGCGAGCAGGUGCUCCUGCAGGUGGAGGCGUGUGAUAAGCAGAAACUGCAGAGCAUCUCCCUGAAGGACGAGAGUGUGCUGUCCUACGUCUUCUACAUGAAAAGUGACGCCACCAAGCGCCGCCACUUUGAGUCGGCUCUCUACCCGGGCUGGUUCAUGCAGGUCUGCUCCUCAGACUCCGUGCAGAUGGCACAGCUGCCGGAGCGCCCGCAGCCUCAGACCUUCCUCUUCAUCAUCCAGACCUAGACCUACACCUAGACCUACACCUAGACCUAGACCUCGCUGCAGAGACACGCAGGUGCCGUGUCAAGUGUAAAAAGAAGUGAAGCCCCGCUGCGAGCGCUGUGUGCUGGCAAUGUUUCUGGACAAAUAGAACUUAUAAGGUCAUCAAACGGAGCGGAACCUCCAUUUAUGAACCCAGUUGCUUCUUCCACCUGGCUCGUCAAUGGAAAAGUUUGUCAAGUGAAGCAAACAAUGUCAAUAAGUAUCAUGGGUUCCAACCUGGACAACAGUCCAUGUUUGAACACAAUAUAAAAUACUAAAUGUCAAGCAAACUUUCUAUUUAUUAACAAGACCAAACAACAACGACAAGCUAAACUGUCCUGGAUGUGCUUUUCUGCAAACGCACGCACCAGAAGUCCCUUUUGGUGCCCUUACAAAGAUCAGAAAUCACAAUAAUUCAUCACUUUCUUGCAAAAACUUAUUUGACACCAUAACGCACAAUAAUUCAUAACUUUCUUGCAAAAACUUAUUUGACACCUUCAUAACGCACAAUAAUUCAUAACUUUCUUGCAAAAACUUAUUUGACACCUUCAUAACGCACAAUAAUUCAUAACUUUCUUGCAAAAACAUAUUUGACACCUUCAUAACGCACAAUAAUUCAUCACUUUCUUGCAAAAACUUAUUUGACACCAUAACGCACAAUAAUUCAUAACUUUCUUGCAAAAACUUAUUUGACACCUUCAUAACGCACAAUAAUUCAUAACUUUCUUGCAAAAACUUAUUUGACACCUUCAUAACGCACAAUAAUUCAUAACUUUCUUGCAAAAACUUAUUUGACACCAUAACGCACAAUAAUUCAUAACUUUCUUGCAAAAACAUAUUUGACACCUUCAUAACGCACAAUAAUUCAUCACUUUUUAACAUAACAUAUUUGACACCUUCAUACAGCACAAUAAUUCAUAACUUCCUUGCAAAAACUUACUUGACACAUUCAUAACUCACAAUAAUUCAUCACUUUCUUGCAAAAAAGUAUUUGACACAUUCAUAACACAAAAUAAUUCAUCACUUUCUUGCAAAAAGAUAUUCGACACGUUCAUAACUCACAAUGAUUCAUAACUUUCUGGCAUAAACGUAUUUAACACCUUCAUAACCUACAAUAAUUCAUAACUUUCUUUCAAAAACAUAUUUGACACCUUCAUAACUCACAAUAAUUCAUAACGUUCUGACAAAAAAUAUUUCACACCUUCAUUAACUACAAUAUUUCAUAACUUUCUUGCAAAAACAUAUCUGACAUAUUCUUAACGCACAAUAAUUCAUAACUUUCUCGCAAAAAGGUAUUUGACCACUUCAUAAGACAAAAUAAUGCAUCACUUUCUUGCAAAAAUGUAUUUGACACGUUCAUAACUCAAAAUGAUUAAUGAUUUUCUGGCGAAAACGUAUUUGACACCUUCAUAACCUACAAUAAUUCAUAACUUUCUUUCAAAAACAAAUUUGACACAUUCGUAACGCACAAUAAUUCAUAACUUUCUCACAAAAAAGUAUUUGACACCUUCAUAACCUACAAUAUUUCACAACUUUCUUGCAAAAACUUAUCUGGCACAUUCAUAACGCGCAGUAAUUCAUAAUUUUCUCGCAAAAACGUAUUUGAAACGUUCAUAACUCACAAUGAUUCAUAACUUUCUUGCAAAAAUGUAUUUGAGACGUUCAUAACUCACAAUAAUUCAUAGAUUUCUCGCAAAAAAGUAUCUGACACCUUCAUAACCUACAAUAUUACAUAACUUUCUUGCGAAAACAUAUCUGACACAUUUAUAAUGCACAAUAAUUCAUAAUUUUCUUGCAAAAACAUAUUUGACACCUUUAUAAAGCAGAAUAAUUAAUUACUUUUUAACAUAACAUAUUCGACACCUUCAUAAAGCACAAUAAUUCAUAACUUUCUUGCAAAAACGUACUUGACACCUUUAUAACUCACAAUAUUUCAUCACUCUCUUGCAAAAAGGUAUUUGACGCAUUCAUAACUCACAAUAAUUCAUAGCUUUCUUGCAAAAAACCUAUUUGACACGUUAAUAACUUACAGUAAUUCAUAACUUUCUUGCAAAAACUUAUCUGACACAUUCAUAACACAAAACAAUUCAUAACUUUCUUGCAAAAAGGUAUUUAACACGUUCAUAACUCACAAUAAUUCAUAACUUUCUUGCAAAAAACAUAUUUGACACCUUCAUAACCUACAGUAAUUCAUAACUUUCUUGCAAAAAAGUAUUUGACACAUUUAUAACGCAAAAUAAUUCAUAACUUUCUUGCAAAAAGGUAUUUGACACGUUCAUAACUCAAAAUAAUUCAUAACGUUUUUGCAAAAAAGUAUUUGACACAUUCAAAAUUCACAAUAAUUCAUAGUUUUCGUGCAAAAAACACAUUUGACACAUUCAUAACGCAAAAUAAUUCAUAACUUUCUUGCAAAAAGGUAUUUGACAUGUUUAUAACUCACAAUAAUUUAUAACUUUCUUGCAAAAAGGUAUUUGACACCUUUGUAACCUACAAUAAUUCAUAACUUUCUUUCAAAAACAAAUUUGACACAUUCAUAACGCACAAUAAUUCAAAACUUUCUUGCAAAAAGGUAUUUGACACGUUCAUAACUCACAAUAAUUCAUAACUUUCUCACAAAAAAGUAUUGGACACCUUCAUAACCUACAAUAUUUCACAACUUUCUUGCAAAAACUUAUUUGACACAUUCAUAAUACAAAAUAAUUCAUCACUUUCUUGCAAAAACGUAUUUGACACGUUCAUAACUUACAAUGAUUCAUAACUUUCUGGCAUAAACAUAUUUAACACAUUCAUAACCUACAAUAUUUCAUAACUUUCUUUCAAAAACGUAUUUGACAUGUUCAUAACACAAAACAAUUAACUUUCUUGCAAAAAGGUAUUUGACACCUUCAUAACUCACAAUAAUUCAUAACGUUCUGACAAAAAACAUUUUACACCUUCAUUAACUACAAUAUUUCAUAACUUUCUUGUAAAAACAUAUCUGACACAUUCUUAACGCACAAUAAUUCAUAACUUUCUCGCAAAAAAGUUUUUGACCCCUUCAUAACACAAAAUAAUUCAUCACUUUCUUGCAAAAAUGUAUUUGACACGUUCAUAACUCAAAAUGAUUAAUAAUUUUCUGGCAAAAAUGUAUUUGACACCUUCAUAACCUACAAUAAUUCAUAACUUUCUUUCAAAAACGUAUCUGACACAUUCAUAACGCACAAUAAUUCAAAACUUUCUUGCAAAAAGGUAUUUGACACGUUCAUAACUCACAAUAAUUCAUAACUUUCUCACAAAAAAGUAUCGGACACCUUCAUAACCUACAAUAUUUCACAACUUUCUUGCAAAAACUUAUCUGGCACAUUCAUAACGCACAGUAAUUCAUAAUUUUCUCGCAAAAACGUAUUUGAAACGUUCAUAACGCAAAAUAAUUCAUAACUUUCUUGCAAAAAUGUAUUUGAGAUGUUCAUAACUCACAAUAAUUCAUAAAUUUCUCGCAAAAACGUACUUGACACCUUUACAACUCACAAUAAUUCAUCACUUUCUUGCAAAAAGGUAUUUGACACAUUCAUAAAUCACAAUAAUUCAUAACUUUCUUGCAAAAAACAUAUUUGACACCUUCAUAACCUACAGUAAUUCAUAACUUUCUUGCAAAAACGUAUUUGACACAUUCAUAACGCAAAAUAAUUCAUAACUUUCUUGCAAAAAGGUAUUUGACACGUUCAUAACUAACAAUAAUUCAUAACUUUUUCGUAAAAAAGUAUUUGACACCUUCAUAACCUACAAUAUUUCAUAACUUUCUUGCAAAAACGUAUUUGACACAUUCAUAACGCAAAAUAAUUCAUAACUUUAUUGCAAAAAGGUUUUUGACACCUUCAUAACUAACAAUAAUUCAUCACUUUUUCGCAAAAAAGUAUUUGACACCUUCAUAACCUACAAUAUUUCAUAGUUUUCUUGCAAAAAGGUAUUUGACACGUUCAUAACUAACAAUAAUUCAUAACUUUUUUGCAAAAACGUAUUUGACACCUUCAUAACAUACAAUAUUUCAUAACUUUCUUGCAAAAACAUAUUCGACACGUUCAUAACGCACAAUAAUUCAUAAUUUUCUUGCAAAAACUUAUCUGACACGUUCAUAACGCAAAACAAUUCAUAACUUUCUUGCAAAAAGGUAUUUAACACAUUCAUAACCUACAGUAAUUCAUAAUUUUCUUGCAAAAAACAUAUUUAACACAUUCAUAACCUACAGUAAUUCAUAAUUUUCUUGCAAAAAACAUAUUGGACAUGUUCAUAACCUACAGUAAUUCAUAACUUUAUUGCAAACACUUAUUUGACAUGUUUAUAACCCACAAUAAUUCAUAACUUUCUUGCAAAAACAUAUUUGACACCUUCAUAACGCACAAUAAUUCAUAACUUUCUAGCAAAAACGUAUUUGACACAUUCAUAACGCAAAAUAAUUCAUAACUUUCUUGCAAAAAGGUAUUUGACACGUUCAUAACUAACAAUAAUUCAUAACUUUUUCGUAAAAAAGUAUUUGACACCUUCAUAACCUACAAUAUUUCAUAACUUUCUUGCAAAAACGUAUUUGACACAUUCAUAACGCAAAAUAAUUCAUAACUUUAUUGCAAAAAGGUUUUUGACACCUUCAUAACUAACAAUAAUUCAUCACUUUUUCGCAAAAAAGUAUUCGACACCUUCAUAACCUACAAUAUUUCAUAGUUUUCUUGCAAAAAGGUAUUUGACACGUUCAUAACUAACAAUAAUUCAUAACUUUUUUGCAAAAACGUAUUUGACACCUUCAUAACAUACAAUAUUUCAUAACUUUCUUGCAAAAACAUAUUCGACACGUUCAUAACGCACAAUAAUUCAUAAUUUUCUUGCAAAAAGGUAUUUGACACGUUCAUAACUAACAAUAAUUCAUAACUUUUUUGCAAAAACGUAUUUGACACCUUCAUAACAUACAAUAAUUCAUAAUUUUCUUGCAAAAACGUAUCUGACACGUUCAUAACGCAAAACAAUUCAUAACUUUCUUGCAAAAAGGUAUUUAACACAUUCAUAACCUACAGUAAUUCAUAAUUUUCUUGCAAAAAACAUAUUGGACAUGUUCAUAACCUACAGUAAUUCAUAACUUUAUUGCAAACACUUAUUUGACAUGUUUAUAACCCACAAUAAUUCAUAACAUUCUUGCAAAAACAUAUUUGACACCUUCAUAACGCACAAUAAUUCCUAACUUUCUUGCAGUCAAGAAGAAAUAUGAUAUGAUACUAUACGGUCUGAACAAUGUGCUUUGCUUUGUUUUUGUCAAGCUGCUACGGCUCAGCUGUGGCCUUCUGGCUGUAGAAGAAGAGCCUUUGAGUUGUAAUCAAUGAUGUCAGCACACAUUUGGAAUGGAACAUAUAUUUCAUAAAUACUGUAUCACAUAUUUAUUUACACUAUUUUAAAAGGGGGCGUGGCUUUUUGAAUUAGUGGUAUCCUUUUUAUUAUAAAAUUUCCGAUACAACAGCGAUAUUGGAGCCAUGAAUAUUUGCCAGUACCAACAUUGAUAUCAGCAGGAAUCCUACUUGGAUUAUUUGGUAGCGUGGACUGUUUUUAAAAGGCUUCAUCAAGUGGAAUGUAUUAUUGCACCUCUGGAUGCUGUCUUUAAGUUGAAGUGGAGUGGUCGUUGUUUUUUUUGCAACAUCCAGUGGCAAAAAUAUUGAAUGAAGUUAAGCAGUAAAUGGAA